UAUCCAUUGAACAUCAGAUAGACUACAUAUCACAGCCUCGUGAGCACCACAAGCGGCGGCGCAGAUCCAGUGAAAGGCUCUGAAAGAGCCACCCCAAGUUCUCAAGGCUACACUAGCCACUUUCCAUACUGCCACCCAUCCACUGACUCGCAUACCUUUAACCUCUUCCUGAGCCCGGCCUCCCGCUUCGAGUCUUCGUCAACAUGAAUUUUUUCGGACGGACAAAGGCCAGAGGUCCCGCGGACUCGAUCAAGAGUCUGAGAGAGCAUGUUGCGAGGCUAGACCAGACCUCUUCGGCAGAUAGCAAAAGACGGAUCAACGAGGAGAUCUCGCGGUUAUUAUCCUCGACGAAGCAGGCUCUGGCUGGAGAAGGAGAUGCAGACGCAGGGGGAGAUGUACUAGCUCAAGUGGCCAAUGAGGUGUACGCUUCGGACAUAUUGAAUCUCAUGGUGGUGAAUCUGGGCAAGUUUGAAUUCGAGGCUCGUAAAGACUCCUGCCAUAUAUUCAACACCCUUUUACGAAGGCAGAUCGGGUCAAGGUUACCUACCGUUGAAUAUAUCACAAACCGACCGGAUAUUGUUCUCAAUACCCUAAAAUGCUACUCCAAUCCUGACAUUGCCUUGAACUCCGGGAUGAUACUGAAGGAAAUGCUGCGGUAUGAGCCCCUAGCAAAGAUACUACUAUAUUCCGACGACUUCUACACAUUCCCUCAAUACAUCGAGAACAGCACAUUUGGCAUCUCGUGCGAUGCGUUCGCCAACAUGAAGGAAACGCUAACAAAGCACAAACCCAUGGUGGCUACCUAUCUGGAUGCCAACUAUGACAAGUUCUUUGCCAUGUACACCAAUCUCAUUCUCUCCGCCAACUACGUCACCAAGCGUCAAUCCCUGAAACUGCUUGGGGAAAUCCUGUUGGACCGAGCCAACUACAACAUCAUGACACGCUAUAUCUCGGCCGAGUCGAACUUGAAGAUGAUGAUGAACUUUUUGAGAGACAAGAGUCGGAACAUUCAGUUUGAAGCGUUUCAUGUCUUCAAGGUAUUCGUGGCGAAUCCCAAUAAACCCCCUCAAAUUGCCAGCAUACUUCGUCGUAACAAGGACAAACUCCUGAUCUUCCUGAAAGAGUUUCACAAUGACAAGGAUGACGAGCAAUUCAAUGAUGAAAAACAGUUUCUCAUCGCGCAGAUCCAGCAGAUGUAGAGCCUUUAAGUGUGUCAUGACCCUCUACUCUAACGACUUCCUUCGCCAUAUGUGAUCCCUCGGCCAUCCCUUCCCAUUGUCCAUUUUGUAUACAGUCUACAUGUUGAUGCAUUUAUUAAUUGUCAUG